AGAUGUGCGGAAGAGUACACCUUGUACUGGCCCUCACUGUGACAGCGGUACUGUACCGGUACACGGAUGCGGGAGACUGUUCCACAGAAGACUGCAGUUAUCUGCACUUCCAGGUAUUCGAGGAUUUCAAGUUUAUCAUCUUGAAUGCCACUUCCGACCAGCAGUUGGAUCUACGCUGCUUGACUGUUAAAAAAUUGCCACCAAUAACGAUUGAUUACGAGUCCACAAUUAGAAGUGCCUCCAACCCCUCCUACCAGGUCAAAUACAUGAAGAACGACGAUGAGAUACGAUCCUCGCAAGUGCGGGUAUCAUUUCCUGAACGCAAGAUUUCCGUAGCAUGGGAAAGCGAAACGUUGCAGUUUGAUCUGCGUUUCUACUACGAAAAGACCUGUUUUGUUCUUGAGAAAAUCGCUCAAGGAGAUUCCGGUUCAAAAUACUACCUCUUCAGCAAUGUUAAUGCGAAGGACACCGGCUUCGAACAGUGCAUGACGAAGCUGAAGGAAUACUCCGGUGGAAACGUGACAUUCCCGAACGAAGGUCAAAAUUGCGAUCGAGUGGUUGAGCAGUUUGGAAAGGACCCCCAAUACUUUUGAAUAUCGUCUAAUAAAUUCUGCAGCACUCACGGACAUCAUCAGACUUGCCAAACGCGGAUUU